GGAGUCCGGUCGGAGCUACGCGGCAGUACACAGGGUUUGAAAUCGGCAAUUGUGCAUAUGAUAAAGUGAAACGUAGUGCGUUGCGUACUCACGACGUCUUCAUUCCAACGCCCCUGCAACCAUGAUUGUCACUGGUUUGUCGUUGACGACCCUUGCAACAUUAGUGGGUUUGGUGUGUGUACUGCGCGCCUUCCAGCUCUUCUUAGAUUUCCGUCGACUAUUGGCGAGCAUUCAUCAUCUUCCAGGAUACAGAACAAUUAUUAGUGCCUCAUCUAUGCUCGGGCACUUAUUUCCCCCGAUCCCCUUGUUGAACUUAGGUCAUGAUCAUUUUUGGUUGUCGAAGCAUGCCCCCUUCGCGGAGAGGGGCCUUGAUAUAAUUUCCGUUGCGACAUGCUGGCCGAAAGCAACUGGGUUGUUAUUGAUAGCAGAUGUCAAUGUAAUUAAGGACAUCGUUUGGUCUCGUGGAGGACGCUUCCCAAAACCUCUUGAGCUAUACACCGCAUUAGCAUUCUUUGGCAAGAACAUUAUUGCUUCCGAAGGCAGCGAAUGGAAGCGUUACCGCAAGAUCGUCGCACCUGCGUUUUCAGAAAGGAAUAAUAGAUUGGUCUGGGAUGCAACCACAGAGAUCAUGCUCGACCUUUUUGAUACAAUGUGGGCUGGACAACAAGAAGUGGUUGUCGAUCACUCCGUAGAUUUGACUUUGCCAAUUGCCCUGUUCGUGAUCGGUGCCGCAGGCUUUGGUCGUUCCAUAUCCUGGAAAGAGGACGCUGUGAUCCCACUCGGACACCAGCUGACCUUCAAAGAUGCUAUCCACAUAGUGUCACAGAACAUCACCCUUCCAUUAUUAGUACCGAGAUGGGUCAUGGGACUCACUAAACAUUUCAGGCAUACAAGGCUUGCCUUCGAUGAAUUGCAUCGAUACCUUACAGAGAUGAUUCAUGAACGGCAGGGGUCCCAGCAGGAGCAUAAUCACGACCUAUUAUCUAGUUUGUUGUCAGCAAAUGACAACAAUGACUCAUCGAAGGAUGACGUGAAACUGAGCGACAGCGAAUUAAUUGGCAAUAUCUUCAUAUUCUUAGUCGCGGGACACGAGACGACAGCCCAUACACUUUCUUUUGCGUUCGGACUAUUGGCUUUGCAUCCCGAUAAACAAGAAGAAAUGUACCAGCACAUCAAGAGCGUACUGCCUGAUGGAAGAAUUCCUACUUAUGAUGAUAUGCCAUCAUUGACCUACUCUUCUGCUGUUUUCAACGAGACAAUGCGGAUGUUCCCCCCUGCUUCCGUCGUGCCAAAGUUGAGUGCCGAAGACACGACCUUCACCCUCACAGAUGCGAACGGGACGAUGAAAACAGUCGUUGUGCCUAAAGGAGUGGAACUUGAGCUGGACAUAACUGGGGUUCACUACAAUCCUAAGUACUGGGAAGAUCCGUUCGUGUUUAAGCCCGAACGAUUCUUGGGUGACUGGAGCCGAGAUGCAUUCCUUCCCUUCAGUGCUGGUUCUAGAGGGUGUGUAGGAAGAAAGUUCUCGGAAACCGAAGCAGCAGCUGUUCUCACCAUUUUAAUUUCGCGAUAUACCAUUUCAAUCAAGGACGAGCCGCAGUUUGCUGGCGAAACGUACGAGCAGCGCAAGGCAAGAGUGCUUAACGCACGAAGCAAAAUCACUCUGUCACCAACCCGCCUUCCCCUGGUGUUUAGACGGAGGACUUGAAGAAAAUACUCCAUUCUUAUAAUAUGUAAACACCUAUUAUAAUAGAAAGGACAAUAUUUUCGCUUGGCUUGGCUUCGGCCCUUAUCCGUAUCUUGUCAACUACAUUAAGCUUCUUCACCUUUCUUGCUAUCUUGUGAUACUUCCUCUUGCCGAUCCUCCGAGUCUUUACUGCACUAUCGUUGAUACUUGGCACAUACCUUAUCUACUCCCGUAGUACCGAUAAACCAAGCUCUUGCUAGGUGCCUUGUCAAUCUUGGUAUUGUUUCCUGAUUAUACUAACGCUAUUUGUAGUAACAAUAUUCAUGUUCAUUUUGACAUCUCCAAAAUGAUUCUCCCCGCUACAUUGCCUUGUUUGAGUGCGUCAUAAACA